AUAAAUGUAUGUUCCGAUAUCAACCGAGAUGAAAGAAUGUAAAAAAUAUUUGCCGUAUCUAAUCUAGUUUGUUUAAUAUUCAACGUAUGUGUUUCAUGUCAUUCACCCUGAUUCCUCAAAAAUUUUAAAAUUUAUCGAACAGACCAUUUUUGAAUAAAUAAAAAGACUUUAAAUAAAUACCAACAAUAUUCCGUGCAGAAAUUUUGAAAAAUCAAUUUAUUUAGUUUUAGUUUUUAUUUUUAUUCAAAUUUCCUUUGGUAAUUUGCUGAAGUCCCUCAGGCGGGAGUAAACAAGAAACAUAGUACAAAAAACUGGGCACGCGUCAGGCAACUUAAAGAGACGACAGUCUAGCGCCAUUUGAAUCGAAAAACACAAACAAGCGGCGACACCGAGUCAUUUGCAGUACCUUUCCUUUGGAAAAAAAUAGAGAAAACAUAGUAUGGGAAUAUGUAAAGAUGUAAAGAUUGUUAGGGUGAACAAUUAUUUCGAGUAUACAUGGUGGCUCAAAAAAGUCUAACGAUUAAAACAUAUUUAUUUUUAUUAAUAAUAAUACAUACCCGCUCCUAAUAGUUUUUCCAAUACUUGAAUUUUUCUAAAAAAUACUACAGAUGCUACAGGGAGUUCAAAAUAAACAUAUAUUUUGAUCAUUUUAAAUUGAUUGACAUUUAGCUUUCUUUCUGUUUAAGCCUAUUCCUAUAACAGAAUCACAAAUGACAAAAUGACAUUGUCAUUUUUUUACCUGACAACUGAGUAAAUAAAUUCAUAAUAAUAUAUGAUGCAACAAGUGCGGUAAACAGCAUUUCACUCACGAGUUUAUUUAAUAGACGAGUGACUUAAAAAGUUUACCGCACGCGUUGCAUACUAUACUUUUUACGACCGCUAGUUUUUGGGUACAGUUUCGCAAAACAACACGAAUACAUUCACUAACAUGACCGUCAGAAUUGACAAACCUCAAAAUUCAAAGCGUGGGAAAUAUCUCCGAAAACAUCCGAUUGCUCCCAAACCCGUGCGGAAAUGUCCGAAGUGGUUCGGAUCCGUGGGAAACGAAACUGACGUGGUAAAGUGACGCUUCCCGCACUCUAGAUCGGUGGGUAAUUAGGUAUUUUACAGACGGGAGUAGAAAAAAAAAGUUUACCAAACGUGUUCCAUAAUGUGCUAUUAUCAAUUUACUUACUGAGUUGUCAGGUAAAAUAAGUCAAAAUAGAUCACAGUCAAUUAGUUCAAGAAAAAAUUGAACUGAUUUCACAAAGUUCCCGUUAACAAAUCAUUCAACCCCAAAUGACCCCAGCAGGUGGAAAACUUGGAAUAAUUUCUUAUUACACUUAUCUGUCACUAUUAAUUAAUGUGUAUGACAAAGAAAAGGAUACCCCUUCUAAAUAUAAUUCGCCUUCUAAUAAAUAUAAAUAUAUAUUGACUCCAUUGUCGGUUUCGAAAUUGGAGCUAUUGUUGUUUUUCACUUUUUUCAACUUUUUUCUCAAUAUUUGUCAAAUAUUUUAUUUGCCUAAUGUUUAUAAAACAUGUGAAUUGCGUGGUGCCGUUAAAAAUGAAGAAUUUCACAUUUAUUAGAACACAAAUGUGUCAAUAUUGUUAGGCACGUCGGUGUACAUUGUUCAAUGAUUGCGUUAUAAAAAUCGCAAUUAUUAUCAUAGAAAAUGAUCUUCUUAAUAUAAGAGAUCUCGUGGGCGCGAGUCCUUACAUUACAAGUCAAGAUGAAUGUCGCUGAAGCUAACGGAUUAGUGGUCCACGAAUUUAUCGACAAAAUAUUUGUAAAUGACGAUAUAGGCGACUUCGAGGUGACUUAUGGCGGUACAACGGAGAAAGGUGACGGUUAUCUGGGGGACAUAAUAUUCGCACAAGUGACGCCGAAAAAUAAUAAUUUCCAGAAAUACCGUUUGGUUCUUAAAUUCGGCAAAAGAGGGGAAGACCUAAGAAAAAAAUUUCCAGUGCGGUUGGCGUUCGAACGGGAAAUUCACAUGUAUAGGAAUGUAUUUCCUGCGUUUCAGCAGUUUUUGAAGGAGAAGAACUUAGAACCGAUCGAUUUUCUACCAGAGUGUUUCGGUACAUUCAUAUCAGAGGACUACGAAGUAAUAGCGCUUCAAAACUUGAAAGCAAUCAGCUACGACAUCCGCGGUAGAUCAUACGGAAAGUGGCACGCAACUUCGUUGGCCUUGGCCGAACAAAAUCCGAAACUGUUUGAACGGCUGUCCAACAUUCAGAGCUUAUGGCCGAUCGUGGGCAGGACGGAUGCGUUUAAAGGCUUUUUAGAACAAGCUGAAGAAAACGUUACUAAAAUACUGACAGAUAAUCAUGAAUUCGGCUUGCUGAAAAAAUUCAAAGAGAAGUUUCAUGACAAAAUAUAUGAGACCUGGCAUGACUCUGUUACCCGGAAAGUAAAGCCAUGUGUUCUGAUUCACGGCGAUUGUUGGGCUAACAACUUUAUGUUUAAAUACGAGAAUGAAGGAAAGAAAAAUCCGGACGGUGUGAAAUUGAUAGAUUUUCAAACAAGUCAAUUGGCGAGUCCGAUAAUGGACCUCUCUUAUCACUUGUUCACAGUGUGCUCUGAAGAAGCGUUCAGAAGCAUAAAAUCGAUCAUCGAUAUAUACUACGACUCCCUGUCGGAACACUUAAGGAAACUAGGAAGCGACCCUUUCAAAAUAUUUCCUCGUGCAACUCUAAUUGACCAUUGGAACAGAUAUUGUGCUUUUGGGGUGAUUAUGGCUUCCACGUUAAUGCCUCUCAUUUGUACCGAAAACUCGGAGAUCCCCUCUAUGGAAGACAUGAACAAAGGACAAGCUCGAAACUUGAAGGUGAAGCUGCAAGGAGAAAGCAGGAGGCAGGCAGAAAGUAGGGUUAUCGAUGCGAUCAGAUGCGGAUUUGAAUUUCGCAUGCGAUCUUGUGCGAGAAUGAGUGCGCCAGAGGAAAAUGGUUCGGCAAUCAAAGACUCGGUACUAGAAGUACUUCAAAAACACGGCGUGACAGAUUGCGAGAUAUCUCUAGAAGGAACAACGGAAAAAGGGGAUGGUUAUCUAGGCGAUAUAAUGUUUGUUCAUGUAACCGCUGUAAAGGAAAAUGGGAAGUCGAAAAACUAUGACAUGGUCCUGAAAGCGGGAAAACCAAGCAAAGAGUUGCGCAAGAAAUUUCCCGUACGUCUUGCGUUCGUAAGGGAAGUUCACAUGUACAGCAAAGUGUUCCCCAGUUUCCAGCGGUUCGUCAAAGAAAAGAAAGUCGAACCGUUCCAAUUUGUGGCCGAAUGUUUCGGUACACUGUUAUCCGAAGAUAUGGAAAUAAUAUUUUGCCAGAAUUUGAAAAAAAUCGGUUACGAGCUCCACGAUCGGUUCAUACCCUUUAACAUGAAUCAUCUGGCACUAACCCUAGAAAGUUAUGGAAAAUAUCACGCGCUAUCUUUCGUGAUGCGCGACCAACAACCUGAUAUAUUUCAGAAGUUGUCAGAGAUGGAAUGCGUAUGGUCGGCCUUUGCUGCUUCGGAGACCUUCCCUCCCAUGUUGAAGGAGGUCGAAAAACAUCUUUAUCAAAUCCUGGAAGAUAGUAACGAGAUGGAAAUGCUCAAAAAAUUCAAAGCUCGAUUCACUGGGGACUUCGAGCAAACCUGGAAAAAUUUGACAACCGCAUACGAAGAACAAAGCGUGAUCACUCACGGAGAUUGUUGGAAUAAUAAUUUCAUGUUUAAAUACGACCCAGCAGACGUUACCAAAUUGGCCCCGGAGAAAGUUGUGAUGCUGGAUUUUCAAAUUUCCAAAUUGGCCAGUCCCGUUCUUGACCUUGCGUAUCAUAUUUGUGCCGUAAUCACCCCAAACGAUUCACAUUUAGAAGAACUUUUGGGUAUUUACUACAGAUCCUUCUCGGGAUACUUGCGUCAAUUGGGAAGCAAUCCAGACAUCGUAUUUCCCUACUCAUCUCUGAUAGAACAGUGGCGUAAAUACUCAUUAAUUGGCAUUUUUUUUGCCGGUAUGGUCUUGCCUAUCAAUUUGCUGGACAAAUCCGAUGUGAUGAAUGUGGAAGAUUUUGAUGAGAAUGCAUUCAAGAAUUUAACAAAAAAGGUGCACGGGAAAUAUAAAACCCAGUUAAACGAAAGGAUCAUUGCGGCUUUCAGAGUUAAGAUGAGUGUCGCUGUGGAUAACGCAUUAGUGGUACGCGAAUUUAUCGAUAAAAUAUUUGUAAAUGACGAUAUAGGAGACUUCGAGGUGAUUUGUAGCGGUACGACGGAAAAAGGUGACGGCUAUCUGGGAGAUAUAGUAUUCGCACAAGUGACGCCGAAAAAUGGUAAAGCGCAGACAUAUCAUGUCGUUCUUAAGUUCGGCAAAAAAAGCGAAGACUUAAGGAAAAAAUUCCCAGUACGGUUGGCAUUCGAACGGGAAAUUCACAUGUACAGAAACGUAUUUCCUGCGUUCCAGCAGUUUUUGAAGGAGAAGAACUUACAACCACUCGAUAUACUACCAGAGUGUUACGGAACGUUUAUCUCAGAUGACAGCGAAGUGCUAGCGCUUAAGAACUUGAAAACACUUAACUAUGAUAUCCGUGGUAGAACAUUUCCAUUCGAUAUCCCUCAUGUCCAACUUACCAUGGAGGCAUACGGAAAGUGGCACGCAAUUUCUUUGGCAUUGGCAGAACAAGAUCCGAAACUGUUCGAAGAGCUAUCCAACGUUCAAAGUUUAUGGCCGAUCGUAGGCGCGACGGAUGCGUUUAAAGGCUUUUUAGAUCAAGCUGAAGAAGACGUCACCCGAACACUAACAGACAAUAAUGAAUUGGGCUUACUGAGAAAAUUCAAAGAGAAAUUUCAUGAGAAAAUUUAUGAGACCUGGCAUGAAGUCGUUGCCCAGGAAGUAAAGCCGCGUGUUCUGCUUCACGGGGACUGCUGGGCUAACAACUUUAUGUUUAAAUACCAGAAUGAAGAAAAGACAAAUCCAACACAUGUGAAGUUGAUAGAUUUUCAAUUAACUCAAUUGACGAGCCCCAUGAUGGACCUCUCUUAUCAUUUAUUCACAGUUUGUUCGGAAGAAGCAUUUCAUAAUAUGAAAUCCAUUAUCAACAUAUACUACGAAUCCCUGUCGGAAAAUUUAAGAAAACUAGGAAGCGACCCAUCAACAAUAUUUCCUCGUUCAACUCUAAUGGACCAUUGGAAAAAAUAUUGGCCUUUUGGAGUGAUUAUGGCUUCCAUAUCGAUGCCUGUUAUGUACACCGAAAACUCGGAUAUCCUCGCUAUUGAAGACAUGAACGAAGAACGGACUAAAAAUUUGAAGACGAAACUGCAAGGGGAAAGCAAGAGACAGGCAGAAAGUAGGAUUAUCAAUGCGAUCAGAUGCGGGCUUGAAUUUGAAUUUUGAGGUGUGCCGAGUGAUGACUGUAUUUCAACUUUUUGAACAUUUUAAAUUAAUAUAUAUAAAAAAUAAUAAUUGCAGAAGUUUGAGAGUGGAUUUUAUUUUUUAUUUCCUUACUGUGUGAAAUAUUAGUUUAUUUAUUAUUAAUUAAUUAAUUAUAAAUAAUUUAUUAAGUUGAUUCACGAACAAAUUUGACCAAUGUAAUUUACCACUUUGAUAUUAAACACUCGUCAAACAAAUUAACAAAGUUGUUUAUACAUUUAUUUAUGAAGCAGAAGUUGUUUCAAAUGUCUUCGAAUGUUUGCAUCAAUUUAGUGAUGCCAACUGUUGAAAUAAAUAAAAAAACACGGUUAUGGUAUUAUUAUAAACUAAAUAUAAUUUGUCAUCAUAUACCAUAAAACACAAUUUUAAUUAGUCAUAAAACUAUUAAAAAAAACAUUUUGAACAUUGUUUUUGUUUAAUGUGCAUUUCGCUACAAAAUACUUGAAUUUACAAGCAAGCACCUAUCGAUCGAUCGGUUUGUGGCUUUUGGUUUUCGGGUUUUUUAAUUUUUUUAUUUUCGCUAAUAAUAUAACUUCCUUCGAUAGCCCAGCAAAGCAAAAAAAAAUGAAAACGCAGUAAUACAAAAAUUCAGGGAGGGAGAUAACGCUUCCUUCGAAUCGCCUACCUUGAUGGUCUUCAGCAGGUGAAACGGGUGAAGCGCCAAUUGUUUCUCACUUUGAGGAAAAAAUUGAUGGAACUGGAUGGCAUGGUACUAACACCUAUCUCGAUCAUAUCCUGAUAAGUAAUUUAUUAACUAGUUUAUUCCAAUUAUAUUUAAGGUCAUAAGUUAAAAUAGUCUUCUGCCGUUUUGGUGUAUAAAUUUACAUGCAUUCCGUUCUAAAAAAAAAGGGAAACGCAUAGCGGUAUUCAAUUAUUUUUGGUUAGUUUUUUGGUUGCCUUGAUUCUGUGAACGUUAUUUAAUUUAAAAAAUGCCGCCCAUUAAUAAAAUAAAGAAGUAUAAGGCUAGUCCAAAUGAGUUUUAUUCAGAUGGCUGAGUUAAAGUGCUUCGCAGAUAAAGCCACUAGUGAUAGCAAGGCUGCUCUACAAUUUCAAAUUAUGUAUUCCGAAAUGACCGAUAUCAAAUCAGAAUUUAGAAAAAAACCACGUGUUAGCACUAGUAGUUACUGAGGAUGACCCUCAGAUCGACGC